AGUGAUUGGAGGAUAUGUUGGGAAAGAGAACCGGAGGAGGCUGGGAAACAAACAGGGAGUGUUGUGUGGACUAGAGGCCGCAGUAUUCAUAUUAUACGCAUCGAAAUCACAAAAAACGAUCGAAUAAACGGCGCAUUUGGCGGAUCGCAAUGCACAACUAGCAUGCAAGGGAAAAGGAGACGAUAUUUCCCGCUGAUCUUAUAAAUACAAACCACAUCAAUCAAAUCCAGCAUGCGGCAUUUUAUGCGCUGAUCUUGAAUCUGAAAUGAACACAAACGCGUCCUGAGACACUGACAUAUCUGUGCUAUCUCUCAUGGUGAAUCUGACUGGAUUUGUAAAGACGAUUGACAUUAAAGGCGUUAGUUCUUCAUUCAUGCACAUGUCGCACGGACACUGAAGAAUAUCUUUUUUCUGUCAUUUUGUUUUGUUUUUAGUGACAAUAACGGGCUCGUCCAGCCAAGCGAUUCAACGUCACAGAGCAGUGCCAUGCACCCCUGUCCACAGAGCUGAUGCCCACAUAGAGGUCUCUGAUCAGACACCCUCUGGUUGCAGAGGAUGCUGGGAAUGUGUCGCGGGCGCAGGAAGUUUGUAGCUGCCUCCCUCGCCCUGAUCUUUAUCCCAGCCCUCACCUGGCUCUAUCUGUCAUCUGCAAAUUUCACAGUCAAACCUCUGCCUCUGUCGCCACUGGAUCCUCAGUCAUCUCUGCUGAUUGGAGCGGUCGCUGAGCUGCGGAUACGAGAUGUGGAGGAACAUAACCAUGCACUGCGGAGAGAGAUUAGCCUGCUGCCCAGGGUUCCAACCCAUAGCAGCCAUCAUAGCAAGAGUCGCCAAGGCAACCAGUUACACACACAUUCUACAGAAGAAGGUACAGGUGAUAGUGAGGCCAAAAAAGGAGCAGCCUCGGGCAACCGCUCGGACUGUGUACCUCAGCCUGUGGUGAAUAAAUGUGAGAGCAUCCAUAUUGCCAUUGUGUGCGCGGGGUACAAUGCGAGCAGAGAUGUUGUCACACUGGUCAAGUCAGUUCUGUUUCACAGACGUAACCCACUCCACUUCCAUAUCAUCACGGACUCCAUCGCUCGAAAGAUCCUGGCCGAUCUCUUCCACACAUGGAUGGUGCCGGCCGUUCACGUCAACUUUUAUGACGCUGAUGAGCUGAAGUCUGAGGUGUCUUGGAUCCCUAACAAGCAUUAUUCUGGCAUCUACGGCCUGAUGAAGCUGGUGCUCACCAAGACACUGCCCUCUGACCUACAGAAGGUCAUCGUCCUGGAUACUGACAUCACCUUUGCCACGGACAUCGCUGAGCUAUGGGCCGUCUUCCACAAGUUCAAGGGUCAGCAGGUUCUUGGUUUGGUGGAGAAUCAGAGUGACUGGUACCUUGGGAACCUGUGGAAGAACCAUCGGCCGUGGCCAGCGCUGGGCAGAGGCUUUAACACCGGUGUGAUUCUGCUGUUGUUGGAUCGUUUGAGGAAGCUAAAGUGGGAGCAGAUGUGGCGGCUGACGGCAGAGAGAGAGCUCAUGAGCAUGCUGUCUACAUCACUCGCUGAUCAGGAUAUCUUCAACGCUGUGAUCAAGCAGAACCCAUUCCUGGUGCACCAGCUGCCCUGCUUUUGGAAUGUUCAGCUGUCGGAUCACACCCGCUCCGAAAAGUGCUACAAAGAUGUGUCUGACCUCAAGGUGAUUCACUGGAACUCUCCGAAGAAACUGCGUGUAAAAAACAAACACGUGGAGUUCUUCAGGAAUCUCUAUCUGACAUUCCUGGAGUAUGAUGGGAAUCUGCUGAGGAGAGAGCUCUUUGGCUGUCCCAGCGAAACAGACCACAACUCAGAGAAUCUCCAAAAGACCCUGUCUGAGCUGGAUGAAGAUGACCCAUGUUAUGAGUUUCGUCGGGAGCGCUUCACAGUCCACCGCACACAUGUCUAUUUCCUGCACUAUGAGUAUGAACCAGCCUUAGAUAACACUGAUGUGACACUGGUGGCCCAGCUUUCUAUGGACAGACUUCAGAUGCUAGAGGCCAUCUGUAAACACUGGGAAGGGCCCAUCAGUCUGGCCCUCUACCUCUCAGACGCUGAAGCCCAGCAGUUCCUGCGAUACGCUCAGGGCUCUGAGGUCCUGAUGAGCAGGAGCAACGUGGGGUACCACAUAGUCUAUAAAGAAGGCCAGUUCUACCCUGUUAACCUGCUGCGUAAUGUUGCUAUGGGGCAGGUCAAUACACCUUACAUGUUUCUAUCGGAUAUUGACUUUUUGCCCAUGUAUGGACUCUAUGAGUACCUCAGGAAAUCGGUUGUUCAGCUUGAUAUGGGGAACACUAAAAAGGCUCUUGUGGUUCCAGCAUUUGAAACUCUGCGCUAUCGGCUGUCCUUUCCCAAAUCAAAAGCAGAGCUCCUGUCACAACUCGACAUGGGCACUCUGUUCACAUUCAGAUAUCAUGUCUGGACAAAAGGUCACGCUCCAACAGACUUUGCCAAAUGGAGAACUGCUACAACACCAUACCGAGUUCAGUGGGAGGCCGACUUUGAGCCAUAUGUUAUGGUCAGAAGAGAAAGCCCAGAGUACGACCGGCGCUUUGUGGGUUUUGGGUGGAAUAAAGUAGCUCACAUCAUGGAGCUGGACGCUCAGGAGUACGAGUUUGUGGUUCUGCCCAAUGCCUACAUGAUCCACAUGCCCCAUGCGCCCAGUUUUGACAUCACCAAGUUCCGCUCAAACAAACAGUACCGUGCUUGUCUGAAGACACUGAAGGAGGAGUUUCAGCAGAAUAUGUCUCGGCGCUACGGUUUCGCUGCGCUUAAAUACAUGACAGUGGAUAACAACAGGUAGCUGAGCACAUUGUUCAGCAAACCAAUAAAAUAACUGCCAUGAGCUGAUGAAGUGCUGUUUGACAGCGCCUGUAUAGAUGUGUUCAGUGAAACUGAGAUUGCAGGGUCAUUAGGAGGCAUGGCUCGUGAUCAUCCAUUCAUUCAGGGAUCCGAUAAGACGUUUAUCAGUGGUGUUUGACAAAGGUGCCGAGAAAUAAACUGCUGAUUAGAAGUCAUUGAUGAACUUUUUUGAAAAGGCAAACAGAUCCCAAAAAUGGAAACUUCUAGAAUAAAUAAGGUCUGUUAUUACUUUUAAAUGAUCAACUACAACACUGAUGCACUUCAGAUUAAAGCCUUGAAUCUGUCUUUGUCAACCUGUCUAUCUUUCUGCCCUUUCUAACCAUUUGCCUGCCUGUCUGUCAGUCUUUUUGUUUUUUUUCUGCCUGUUUCAAAGCAUCCAUCUAUAUUUCUGCUCGUCUAAAUAUAUAUAUAUAUCUCAGUUUAUCUUUUUUGUCUACCUAGUUUACCCAUUUAUCAGUCCUUUCUGUUUAGUUUUCUCGCAAUCUCCGAUUCUGUCUCACUUUUAUUCAUCCCUACAAUCAGUUUAUCUCUCUACCUGUCUGUCUAACAGUUUCGCUGUCUAUCUACAAGUAUCUUUAUAUCUACAUCUAUAUCUGUCUAUCUCUGUCCAACAAUCUCUCCAUCUAAAAAUCUGUCUAAAUCUGCCUCUCUAGCUGUCGGUAUCUCAUUCUGUUUGAUGUCUGUAUCAGUCUAACAAGGCUAACAAUUUGCAGAUUCACUAAAAACAAACCUUACAAUCACUUCUUCUUUAGGUGAAGCUGGAAAAUGAAUGAUUAACGUGAACAUAGACACAUUUAUGUAGAUCGGGGUUGCAUUCUCUUAAAAAAAAAAUGUAAUCCCAUGCAUCUUCAGAGGCUCAGAUCUCAGAAGUAAAUAUUACAUCCAACAACAGAGCACCUCAAUCGCUUAGGAGACAUUCUUGUGUACAUCUGCUCUGGCAGUGAAACAAUGGUGGACUGAUGACAGCUCUCAGGGCGGCUCUAUAAGGUAAAACACCUGUUCAGUCUGUGCUGAAACGCCACUGUCACUCAAACUAUUGUGGGAGGGGCGUGUUUAUGUGAAGACACACUGAAAGGCAUCUGAGAUUGGCUUGAUUUGACAAAGGGGUAAAGAUUUGAGCAGAUCUUGGGUGGGUGGAUUUUUAUCAUUUUAGGGUGGUUGUGUACAUGCACUGCCAACACACAUUUCAGUUCAAACAACUUGUAUAAGAGCAUGUAGCAUCAUAUGUUAUCAUUCUUAAACUAUCUAUUUCUCUCUAUCUCGAACAAACUAUAUCCAAGUAUCUGUCCAUCUCUCGUUCAUUCUGUCUGGGUAGAUCUUUUACAAUGUCUCAUCUAAUAAUCUGUCUGUAUCUCUUUACAUCUGUUUGUCUGCAUCUCUCUGUCUCUUUCCUUUUAACAACCCAUCUUUAUCUCAACAGUCUCUCUAUCUAACAAUCUGUCUAUAACAGUAUUUAUUUUUUUAUUUUUUUGUAAUGCCUUUAUUAUAGUAAGAUAGAUCAAAUCUGACAGGAAGCAAAGUGGGGAAGAGAAAGGGAGGCGGGAUCGGGAGUCCUCGAGUCGGGAUUCGAACCCGGGUAUAUCGUCACGCUGCCCAAAAGGCUUUAUUUAUCUGUCGAACAGUCUGUCAGUUUAUAUCUCUGUCUAACAAUCUAAAUAUAUCUGUCUAUCCUCUUAUAUACUUCUUAUAUAAAUGCUCUCACUCUGUCUUCAUGUGAUCUGCCUGUCUAACAAUCUGUUCAUAUCUAUUUGUCUUAUAUCAAAUAUUUGCUUCUAAACUAUUUACUCUUUCUCUCUUUCUCGAUUCAAGGUUUCUUUCUCAGUGUUGACAGUGGUUGUGUGUGGUGAAGUAGUUGGAUAUGUGUUCAUUCUCAGUGCAGAUGUGAACAAAUGUAAUAAACAGGGAUCUUUAUUCCUCGGACUGGCAAUAAUACGUAAAGAGAGGCCAAAGUGAACUCUUUCUUGACAUAUUAGAGAUGGUUAUUUGUGUUACUGACUGUCAUUCUCCAUCAGAGGGCAUCACACACCACACUAACAGACUUAUGCACUUAAAUACAGGCUUAAUUAACAGACUUACUGAUUUUUUUUUUUCAUAAUUAGUUAAAGAUAGUUGAUUUAGAGUUGAUGCUGAUGCGGUAGCAGAACAUAAGUGUAUUUUAUUGUUACUUUGUACGCUGACUAACAGCCAACAACAUGUCUGACUCAGGCUCCUGUUGAUAUUUUGCCUUUUUUGCCAUCCUGACAGCACACAAACUCAACUUUUCAGAGACAUCUUUGUGUUAGUUCUCAAAUGCCAUCCUGUCUGAUGUUAUACUGACAUUCAGCAGUUUCUCACAUUUAGGAUUGUGAGUUUUUGUGAACCAGAUAUUUGGAAGAUGUUUGUACACAAUAUUUAGAACUUGAUGGGUUCUUCAACAGGCAUCUCGGCAGCGUACAUGUGUAUCAAUGAAGUGCUUUUAAAAGGCUACAGUCUGUGUUGUGUGCAUUACAGUAUGCCUGUGAGAUCAUCUUUCUAAGCUGACCUCACCCACAGGACUGCUGCUUUAUUUCGUGUUAUUUUAUUGGUUGGGACGGACCAUAGACCGUCCACGCUAAUGUUUUAUAGUGCCACUUUUGGCAAAGCUGAGAACGCACUUGAACUUGCAUUGCUUUACCAAUUGCGUUGUGAUCAUUUUUGGAAGAAGUGUUUGUUUACAUACUUGCUUGGAGUAAGUUGUGGGCCUAAUACGAGCAGAAAAAAAAAAAAGAUUUUCUGAAAACAAUGCAAUGAAUGCGUCUCAUAUUCAAAUCAACAGGUCCGUUAGAACAGACCUGGGCUAGUUGUCAAAAGUGUUUUUUUUUGUUUUGUUUUUUUUACAUUAGUGACUAUUUCUCAGGGUGGGUUUAUUUUUUUAACGUCAGUUUCUGUAUAUGAACCAUACAGUCUUGAGAAAGCUAUUGAAAUAUUUUUACCGACACUGUCCUGGAAACAGUAACAGUUCAAAUUCAACACAGAUUCAUUACAGGGGCAUGUUGCCACACUGUGUGAAGUAAUAUAUUAGUCUGAUAAAUGCCUUUUCUUUUUAAAGUAUUUUGACACGCACAUAUAUACAAAAAAAAAAAAAAAACAUUAGAAAUUCUACUAAUGUCAGUGUACUUGGAUUUUACUUGUUUACUUGAUAUUCCCUGUGACAACUAGCCCCAGUCUCCUGUAUUAACUAUGUGAGAAGUAAAACCAGCAGAUGAAGUUAAUAAUGGACAUUUAUGCGUGACUUUUCUGAAGUAAAAUCUUCUGAAGGAUACUUUGUUCCAACCAUCCAGUUUGUUUUUUUUCAUUCAGUUGGAAACCAUAAAUGUUACUGUACUAAAUAAAGUGCUGAUAUUUUCUGAUGUGGAAGCCUUAUCCCCUUCUGUGCGUUCAAGUUUCAUAUGUGGCAGUGUUACAACUGAUGUUCUGAGUGUUCAGUGAGAUGGUUGCUUCGAGCGGUGUCGUUAUUUUUCAGUAUUUUCUGAGUUUGUACGCGAGUUCUGAUCUGCUGAGCUAUGUGCACACUAGCUGAUCGAUGUGUGUGUUUAAUAUGAAUAUGAACGUGUCCAGGAUAACACUGAUAAAACUGCUUAUGAAUU